CCAAUUACUAUUAUUAUUUGCUGUCUGCUAAACUCAACAAUCUUCAACCUAAAAGUAACACUAACAAAAAUCAUCAUAUAAGUAGUUAGAGUUAGACAUUCUAUCUUCAUCUACUUUCAUUCAUAUAUUACAUAUUUAUUCUCAUCCUCCUGUACCUGUUGUAGCUAUACAUGUUAUUGUUAGAAAACAUAAUCUUGAUUCACUAGAUCAUUUUCCACUUCUACAUCAGUAGAAAAAGAGUCUACGCCAUUUUUGAAUUUGCUGAAUUUUCCACAAGCGAACUACAACAUCGUGGACGCUUUCCCUGCACUGCGGCACACCACAUAUCAACAACGAACAGGAAAGAAAGAUGUCAACAUCUCGUUCUGCGCAAGCUCUACCUCUGUUCUCGUCUGCCAAGAUGAUGCUCCAUCUCUUGCCCUGCUUGUUCCAACUGCAGCUCUGGGUAAUACCAAUAUCUACUCUUCUUGAUGUCGGACAACCUGGUCUUGCACUCCAACCUCGAAGAAACUCAGCUACAGGUAGUAGUAAAAGUAAUCAUGGUACAACUAGCAGUACUUCUGGUACUCCACCAAAUUUCGGAAUCGGAGGUACAACUUCAACUUCUCCUCAACAACAAAAUGGAUCGUGGUGGAAGCCCUCACUGCGUCACAAGCCACGUCCUGGAGGAGGGAUGGGUAUGCCUGUGUCGUCUGAAGAGGAAGAGGCUCACACAGCGGAUCCGCAAAUUGUGUCCCUUCAGUCCUUUGACGAUUUAAGCGAAGAUUAAGGCUACAACAUCCUCUUCAAGCAUCCUCUCUCAGCAUCAAUCUAUCAUCCUACCUUGCUUCGGUCCCUGGGGGACAUCUUUUCUAAUUAUCAUCCUACCUUGCUUCGGUCCCUGGGGGACAUGUUUUCUAUACUUAAUAGAUACUUGAAAAAGUAGAGGCCCAUUGAUCUUCAGGGAGAAGAUAUGCCUGUCAGGAUGGACCCGUGGAUGCUAAUAGCGUCUAAAAAGAUCAUGGCGAGACUAACGUAGAUGGCUCUUCCUCUUCGCAUACUUCCGACAUCAAAAAUGAUUUGCGCGAACGAGAAUUGGAAUUACCGGAUAGAAGAAGCUCUGUAGUAGAAGAACGAGAAGAGGUUCUUGACAGGACAUCAAUAUAUGAUAAACCAGAAGUUGUUGUUGGAGUACGAGAGCAAGGACGUCGUACCCCUCCGUCGAGUCUCCUAGAGGCAUUUUUAGAUCAUGGUACCAUUGCUCCUGCUGCUGGUUCUCCCUCGUCAGGAUCUAGCCAUACGACUCCUGCGUCGUCUGUGAAGUCGGGUGCUCUUUUGGAAACUGGCCUCUUUUGGAAACCCAAAUUGCGACAUGAAGAUGAAGAAGAAACUGCUAUGGAUGUGGAUCUUCAUCAUGGAACUCGAACUCGAUCUUCAUUAUCUGCAAACAUAAAAGAUGAGGUGGAGUCAAGUGCACUAGGAGGACCAGGCCAUGCAGCAGCAGCUGUACAAAUGCCUCCUUCAUCUCCUGGUGGCGAGACCUCAUCCUCCCGAGUGAAGAGUAGAACAUCUUCACCUGCCGUCACUCCAACGCAUACAACAUCUUCCCCUGAAACAUCUCCCACCUCAAACAUGGGUGAAAAGCGUUAUCCACCUAGAUUACCAAUCAAGAAAACUCAUGGUCAAGGAGGUGGUGGAGGAGCCGGCCAGAUGAAAUUGCAACGACGAAACGGUGCGCCCUCCAGCUCUUCUGGAGGAACUACGGGGUCCUCUGCUCAUGGAGGUAGCUUCCAUGGUGAGUCUUCGCGACGACCCUCCAGAGGUAGCUAUGCAGAUGCGGUGAAAAACCAAACAGCCACGAAGAUGAACUCAGGGAGCACGUCUUCCGCUACUUGUGCAGGAGAGGCUUCCUCGUCAUCGCCGUGUAGUUCAGACCAGGAAGGCAAGCUUGGAGCUCGAAUGUUCAACAAGGGUCGUUAUGAAUAGAGCAGAACUGCGCAGUUGGCUUAGUGGUUUAGGCGUUUGCCUGUUCACUUAUCAAAGAAUAUUAAGAACCAACACUCUAACUACUAGAAGUACAGAAUAGAAGAAAUAGAUGCGAGUCGUGAUCAUGAUCAUUACACUGCAAUUUUGAAUCUUAGAGGAUCAUUCAGACGAGGCAGAAAUCUCGUCUCAUCCCCGCCUCUAUCUUCCCCCUUCAUAUUCAUCCCCAGCAUUCGCCGCAAGACUCGCCUUCUGCUUCGCCGGAGCCGAUUCACUAUGGAGACGGACUGAGUCCCGAGAUUACCGAUAAUGAUCCGUCGCCAUCAUUCCUGGUGGGAGGCGCGCGAUAUGUGCCGAAUCGAGGUUAUGGAGAGAUUCAGAUUCAUGCUGCUCUUGCUUUCUAAAUAUUAAUAUAUCAGAAGAUUCAUCUGCUUCUGGCUUUUGCUCACAACGGAACGUCAUUGUGCCCCUGCCCUCUUCUCACAUCGUUCUAAUGUCUCGAGCGCCGCGAGUUGAAACGAGAACGGAAAACCGAACGGGAAUGCGCUAAGCUCGAACGUGGUUUUACCGCUGUUGAGAAGCGGACGGCGACUGGAGACGACGAAGAAGGACAACUAGUUCUGAAGUCCUCUGUACUAUCUGGUCCAGCACUAGCAACUUCUACGUCUUCCGGAUCCGCAGCAGCCCCAACAGCCCCAACUACAGCUGCAGCUGCACCUCAAUGCUUCUACAUCGGAGAGGGAUCAGCCAGUCCAGCAGAAGCUUCCAACGCCUCUGGUGGACGCAGCCGAGGUGGUGGUAGUAGAUACAACUACAACUACGGUCGUAAUCUUCACGGUAAUCUUCAACGUAGAAGAGGAACCACUGGCAGUCUUCCGCAGCAGUAUGAUGAGCCACAUUCAGAACCGGAUUUUUUCACCGUGGAUUUGAUGGGUCCGGAGCAAGCUAAUGUGCCGGAUUUUAGAUGGCAAUAAAUAAAGAGCUGUUCUUUAGGUUACGUUAAGUAGCCUGAGGAAUGAAGGGGAAAUAUGAGAAAGAGAGCGUUGUGGCUGGAAGAAGGCUCCAUGUUGUUUACUACGUAGGUACAAGACAAAAGUGCGUUACACGACGUAAUUAGAAACGGCAUCAACUACAGUCGGAUGUUGAAAACAGCCGUCUCUUUCAUAGACGCAUUGUGUUAUGAUGGAGGUGUACUUAAUAGCAAGAAUGUGGUUUUUGGACUCUUGAAAUUCUUGUUUAGAAGAUCUUCAUCGAAAGACGCUUCCUUUUGAAAAGCGUCUUGUUUGCUCCACCCAUAUAGAUACUAGUACAGAUUUUGCAUGAAGAGGACAUUCAUAACUAUGUGGAGCUACAACAUAAGCUGCAUAACUCAUCAUGAAGAAACAAGUACAAGAUCAACAGUGACAUAAAACUGAUGACCUUUAACAUCUAUGAAGCAGUCCGUCCACAAGAGAGUGG